GUGAGGAAGACAAGUUGUCCAAUCUGGAAUUCUACGUUUGAACUUGUUUGUACGACAUCACUACAAGAACAAUAUAUUUGUGCCGAGGUGUAUGACAAAGAAAGGAUUGGACAAAACGUCUUGAUUGGGGAGGUAAGACUAAAGGAUUUCAACCCACGUUUCAUGGGAGCUAAGUCAAGUGCUGGUAGUAUUCUACAAUAAGUUGCUGUGGUUUAAUUAAAGAGGCUGUCAAGUCCGUUCUGCUCAUUUGUGUGUUUGUUUACAUUUUUUUGUUUCAAACAAUAGAUAAUUUAAUUAAAAUUCCAAUCUGUGGGUCCACAGACCGGAAUUUUAAAUUAUCUAUUGUUUCAAACAAAAAAUGUACACAGAUCAGAAUUUUAAUCAAACAAAAAAUGUAAAUAAAACAUGCGCAUGACGGACUUGACAGCUAGCCUCUUUAAUGCAUUUUUGAAAAUUGUAGUUUUUAUUUCUCGUUGAACAGGUUCUGGUAGAUUUGGACAGUAUUGCUAUCGGAGAGCAAGUGGACAAGUGGUAUACUCUCACACAUAGGGAAAGUGGGAAAAUAAAACCCGAGGGCAAAAAGUGAGAAUUUUGAAUAUUUUGUUUGUAUUGUGCGUUCUGUCUAUAUGCAUGUUUCCCAACAAAUUUAAUAGACAACAUGUUUUGAAAUGAAGCUGAGUUCUUAACUUGUCAUCCGUCCAGCCCACUAGCAGGAAUCAAACCCGCGACGGCUGCGUGGUUCAAACCCGCGGGGCCGGAUUUUAAAAAUUCGCGUUAAUUUAAUGUUAAUUUAUGUGAUCGUUAAUUUUAAGUAUGUAAUUUUCAUUUAUCGUUAGUUAAAAAUACCUAGAUUUGUUUUAUAUAAUACUAACUAUUUUAAUAUCAAAAUACAGCAUAUUACUGCAAUGGAAGUGUUGAUAAAAUAUUGCACCAAUUCCUUCCUCAAGUCGAUCAAUUCAUUUGAUCGAAAAUUGAUCAACUUCCGAUCCUGUUACUUUUAAAUGAGCCAAUUAGAUUUCGUUUCAGAACCGAUUGACCAAUAGGAAACGCACAGGAGGUAAAAAGAAAUUUGAAUUCGUAUGAAUUGAUCAACUUGAAGAAAUGAAUUCAUGCAAUAUUUUAUCAACACUUCCAUUGCAUCGACAGUAACGUAAACUAAAAACGUCAGUGCUCCUCUUAACAUUAAACCUUUGUUAUUGUUUUGUCUAUAUUUUCCGAUUCGCGUUAAUUUAAUUAAUUUGUCAACCAUGGAGAUCAGAUUCGCGUUAAUAUAAUCAUGUUUUAAAAGACCUAUAGAAGCAAUCCGCGUUAAUUUGAUGUCGCGUUAAUUUAUGUCGCGCUAAUAAAGUGCAUCGUUAAUAUCCUAUAAUAAGGUAUAUGGUUGACAGACAUUAUUCCUUUCAUUUAAAACCAUGGUCAGCUAGAACACUGUCAGGGGCGUAGGAACCUUCUAAAAGUUGGGGGGGGGGGGCAAACUUUGAGGGGCACUUUUCGGAAAAAAGGGCAUCUAUUCCAAAAAAAUUUUCCGGAAAUACAAAAAAAAUUUUCCGGAUAUAUCACAUUUUUUCCUAAAUAUGAAAAAAAAAUUCCGGAUAUACCAAAAAAAAUUUCGGAUAUAUGAUAUUUUUCCCAGAAGUGGAAAAAAUUUUCCGGAAAUAACGCAGAUUCAAUUUUUCAAAAGUGCCCUUUGGGCAAAAAAUGCAAUUUUAAUGACAUUUUUCACGCAAGAAAAGGGCACUUUGCUUCCGGAAAAAGGGCACUUGCCCCCCCCCCCGGUUCCUACGCCCCUGAACACUGUACGUUUAUGCACAUGCAGCACAAAAAUACUCCGUUGGUGGUCUGCAGGAAAUUUUUGUCUUCAGGUUGUGCUCCCUGGAAGAAAAUUAUUUUUUUCUGCCCCAAAAUCCUGAUAUUCAAAACUGUACUAUUGCAGGAAAGAACUCGGCAAGAUACGACUAAACGUUCAGUUAUUUGAAGACCAGAUACUCCCCUGGGAAUGUUAUGUACCAUUAAUCAACCACUUGGUUGAGACAGUGAAGAAACAGCCGUAUGAUGAAGUCAAUACGCUGAGCCUGCUGGAACAGGUGAUGACUGCUGACCGUACUGCCAUUGGGCGUUCCCUUGUGAAGCUCUACAUCAACCAAGGCAUGAUCGUAAAAUUACUUGAUGCCCUCACAAAAGUCGAGGUCGCUACUACAGGUAGAAAAUUGUUUUAUCUUUGUUUUCAUCCACACAAGUUAAACUGAGCUGAUUCUAUUUAUACUGGAUCUGGGUAGCUCUAUAUCAGUUUUAAACUGUUCUUUCUCUAGAGGUCCAGUAAGGGUCAUUCUUUAUUGAUCCAGUGUUACUACAGGAGGAAACUUAUACUAAACUAACUUAUUUAUACUGGAUAGUUCUAUCAGUUCUAAACUGUUCUUCCUAGAGGUCCAGUAAGGAUCAUCUCUUGUUGAUCCAGUGGAAACCUAAACUAAACUUAGCGAUAAGUUAAUCAUGUUUACUUCACUAUGACUUUAUUUUAUAGAAACCCUUAAUACCUUGUUUCGUGGUAAUUCUCUCGCAACAAAAGGGGUUGACGAAUUUAUGAAGGUAAUUAGUUACUACGCGUUCUGCUCAUGAGAAAAUAGUAUUAAUUCUUUUCAUUAUAAUAAGUAGUCUUUUAUGUGGAUAACAAAAAGAAUUCAGAGAUGUAGUUUAAAUUUUAUGCUCCUUACCAUUUCUGACGUUGACCAGCAAAUCAACUUGCCAAACCCGUCCAAUUACGGAUAAAUUGAAUUGGGUAUAUAAACAACCGUUAAUGAAGAUUUUUUCCACAGGUAAUUGGCAUACCAUAUUUAUUAGAAACGUUAAAACCAACUAUCGACAAGAUUUACAAAGAAAAACGAUAUUGCGAGAUUGAUCCUAACAAGAUUGACCGUAGCGUUCCAAG